GAAGCGCUCAGGUCUCUAUUUCUUGUUUCCGUUUCGCCGUAUCAGCGUCAUUGAUCUCUCUCUCUCUGUAGGGAAGAAAAUCUGAAUCCAUGGCUACCUUAGCGGCUGCUGCAGUUCGUCAAGCCAGAGCCCUAACUCGAGUCUCCUCUCCUCAGUCAACCGCCACCCUUAUUCACAGGCGCGGUCUCGCUGGGGCUGCCGAUCACCAUGGAUCACCGAAGGUUAACUGCUGGCAAGAUCCCAUGAGCCCAUCUAAAUGGAAGGAAGAGCAUUUCGUGAUUGUCUCUCUAUCGGGAUGGGGCCUACUCUUCUUUGGAGGGUACAAGUUCUUUACCAGGGGCAAAGGAAAGAAGGACGAGAAAAUUGUGGAAGCAUCACAAUGAGCUGAGCUGUGGACAUUUUCCGAUUGUUCUGAAGUGUACUCUCCGUAAUAAUGUAUUUCCUUGGACCUCAUGCGUCUGCGGAUUUCAUUUCAAUCUGAAAUUGUUUCUCAGACUAGCAUAUGAUCCUAUCUUGUAGUUAUUUUUCUUAGACAUUUUGGUUGUUUCAUGCACCGAAGUCCUACAUCUAAUAAUACAAUUUUACCAUCACUUAAGCCCCAACAAACUCAUUCAUUGAAUUUGAAGGGAGGGCAUUUGUGGUUCGGACUUUGUGAUUGAACGAAGCAUUUUACGACCCAA